CCUUCGUACAAUGCGAAAAGGGAAGUUGAAAGAAGUGGGAGAGCGAGAUCGCGGAGCCUUAUGAAAUCUAACGUUACAGCAGCUGGCUGGUUACUCGACACACUGUGAACGCACACUGAGCUACUGCAAAUACUGUCCUGGAGAUACCAUUCAUAUUAACUGCGCUCCUGCUUUUGAUAGGUAUUUUCUACAGUUUUUCACAUCCCGAGACCAGACAGUGUGACAUGGCAAGUAGAGGCGGAGCCACACGACCCAAUGGGCCAAAUGCAGGCAACAAGAUUUGCCAGUUCAAACUCGUGCUUUUAGGAGAGUCAGCGGUGGGAAAGUCAAGUCUGGUACUUCGUUUCGUUAAGGGUCAGUUUCAUGAAUUCCAAGAGAGCACAAUCGGAGCUGCCUUCCUGACUCAGACGGUAUGUUUGGACGACACAACGGUCAAGUUUGAGAUCUGGGACACGGCCGGUCAGGAGCGCUACCACAGUCUGGCUCCCAUGUACUACAGAGGUGCACAGGCAGCCAUUGUGGUCUAUGAUAUUACAAAUGAGGAGUCAUUUGUUCGGGCAAAGAAUUGGGUUAAAGAGCUUCAGAGACAAGCCAGUCCAAAUAUUGUAAUAGCCCUGGCUGGGAACAAGGCUGAUCUCGCAAACAAGAGAGCGCUGGACUUCCAGGAUGCACAGUCAUACGCAGAUGACAACAGUUUGCUUUUCAUGGAAACGUCAGCAAAGACCUCUAUGAACGUGAAUGAGAUUUUCAUGGCCAUUGCAAAGAAGCUACCCAAGAAUGAGCCUCAAGCCGCCGGAGCCAGCACCGGACGGAACCGGGGAGUGGACCUGACAGAGACGGCUCAGCCCACCAGCCGCCCCUGCUGCGCUAACUAACCCAGCUCUUCCUGCUCAUCCUCUCCACACAAACUCCCUGUCCUCCUCCUGCUCCGCCCCUCCUCCUCCUCCUCCUCCUCAUCUGAACAACAUCUGGACAUCGGGCUCCUUGGCUUUCUGUCAGACCUGACUUCAGCCCCCCCCCUCCCCGGAAUAGCUAAAAGACUCUGUAUAGCUGCAUUUCUAAUACCUUUUUUUUGUUGAUGUUUUUUUUUUUUUAACUUUUUUUAAGAAGUGUAUAUCAGUAUAAUGGAUGCAUGUAUCACUACAACGCCUAAAAAAGAAAAACACAUUUUUAUCUCUUAUUCACUUGGAAGACUAACCCCGUUUAAGAAAGACGAGCGAGCGAGAAACCUUCGAGUGUGUGACUGUGUCGUGUGUGAGUUUCUGAUGAGAAGGUGUUGCCUCAUUUGCCACUCGGCAGGGUCGGUUGGUUGUUGCCCAUAAUUGUGUGUGUGUGUGUGUGUGUGUGUACGUCUGUGUAUGUAUGUGUUAAUUUUUUAAUUUUAAUUUUAUUUUUUUGCUCACAGUUCGGAGAAAAUGAAAUUGUCCCCAUCUUGAGAUGCCUGGAUUCUCAGACUGUUUGUUUUGAGGCGCUCGGGUGUCUCGACGGUGCCAGGAAAUGAUUAUUGUGCAAACCAACAACUCUUCCCUCCCUCCUCACAUCUGUUACACAGGAGGAUGUGUCCUUCCAAGGCUCCAUGUGGGAAACUGUGGAAAAUAAAUUUGGGUACUGUUCACUGUUUGAAUAAAGUGUAGUGUGUAGAAAGGAGGAAAAAAAAACCAAACAUCUUUAUACACAUGUGAUUGCUCAGUAUGUUGUAAUGUGGGCUUGUCAGAUUUCAGUGCAUCACACUCAACAACAAAGUCGUCAUGGUGCAGGAAAUGUGGAGUUUUGCGAGGUUUGAACAAGCAGACCCAAAGGGACUCAAAGAUGUGACUCAAAGAAGGUUCUCAUGUUGACACAGUCUUAUGUUAAAAGUUUGACAGUGACGUGGAAAAUCAACAGGAAACGACUGCUGAACAUCCUGUUUUGUGAGUUGUUUUGCAAAGACUUGAACAUAUGAUUAGAGAUAUGUUUAAACGUCAGCCUUGCUCAUCCACUCUGUUUCCAUUCAGGCCAGUAGCCAAGCUGCAUCAGUUUUCUAAAUGAGAGGGAGGGGGGGUUGUUUUUGGAUUUCAGACAGGA